AUGGGGUUCACUCGAUUCUUGCGAUUCUUGACGACCGGGAGUCCAGGCAAAGAUGCUGACUUCCAGGUUAUGGUUCGAGAGAUCGAAAAGCCGUCGUCGGCAUCGUCUUCGUCCUCCUCGACCAUAUCCACGCAUCAGCGUGCGUUAAUCCUCUACGCGCCCAGACAGCCAUACGAGGAGAUACCAGACCACCCUACCCCGUCGCUUCUGAAUAGCCGAGAAAUGCUCGUCCGAAACAAGAUCAUCGGCCUCAAUCCCAUAGACUGGAAAGCACCGGACUUCAACUUUGGCAUCCCCGAACUACCCUACGUCUCUGGCCGCGAGCUCGUGGGGCAGGUGGCCAUCAGUCCGAGACACAGGUCGCGCUUCCAGCCCGGCGACUGGGUCAUUGUCAUCUCCACCGACUACAGAGACCUGCGCAAAGCCGCGUACCAGCAGUGCGUGGUCGCCACCGACUUCAAUGCCUGUCGCCUACCACCCAACGUAUCCCCUGAAGCAGGGUCUGCGCUAGGCGUGGCCUUUGUGGCGGCAGCUCUCUGCCUCGGGAUCUGCGCAGGCCUCGAUUUCUCCAAACUGGCGAAUGGUCCGGACCUGCUCUCGAUAGUCCGGCGGUUGGACCCUCAGCGACUGCCCCGGGACGUCAAGCCGGAGUGCCUAGAGGGUAUCAACGUGCGUGAACGGGCGAAGCCAGGCGACUGGGUGGCUAUCUGGGGCGGUUCCUCCACCAGUGCCUUUAUGCUGAACCAGAUCGCUAGGCUACUGGGAUUACGGACGAUCAGUGUCCUCGACCACGGCAAGCACGCGUUGAAUUUGACGUCCAAUCCGCAGAUCAGGCCCGAUGUCAUUGUCGACAAUCACAAUCCUGAGCGAGCCAUCGAGAUUGUCAGGUCAGUCACGAACAAUAGUCUUCGAUUCGCGGUCGAUACGGUGGGGAGGGAAACUGCGGCGCACUUGAUGCAAUGCCUAAGGCAAGGGUCGUCGUCGUCGUCGUCGUCGUCGUCGUCACUUGCAGGCUCGAUACCGAGGCCAGACGCCGGAUCUCCACACUCAACGCUGGGGACAGAUGCUGCACUUCCAGCUUCGAUCCCGAGUACGGAUGCCGCACUUCCAAGUGCCCACCUCGUGGGUCUGACCGGGCUGCCGAAAACAAAAUCCUCCUCCGAUAUCACGUUCCACACGAUGCCGAUCAAAGUGUUCCAUGAGGUUCCAGAGGUGGGCGAGGCGCUCAUGCUGUGGCUCGAGCGGCUACUGAGCCAAGGGCUUGUGGUGCCACCGUCGAUUCUGGGCGUCCGAGAAGGGUUCGGAGCCAUCAACGGGGCGUUGGAUUCCAUGAGAAGAGGCGAAAUCAGCGGCGGAAGACUCGUGGUCAAAGUUGACUGA